AUGCAAGAGCGGCUUCGGCAUCUUUCACCCCAGAACACGCCGUCCAGGCCUCAUCAGCUGCGCGACCACUUUUCACAACACCAAUUACCGGCGACGCCUGUGUCACUGUCGCCCUUGGAACUUCAAAGGGGGUGUGUGGAUGCGACGUCCACCAGUCCUCAGACGAAGCGGGUUCAAUACUUAAGUCCUCAGCUUCGGGACGCCGAACACUCCAUCGAUUACCUUUGCCACAAGUUCGAAGCCUUGUCACGGCAGCUUCGCCGUGAGGAGCAGGCAAGGGAAGCUGCUGAAAGGCGUGGACAACAGCUUGCUGCCGAGUCCUUCCAAGCUGAGAAGUACAAGGAGCAGAGCACCAAUGCGUUGAUAUCCGAGCUGACGUCGCGGCAGGCUGCCAUUGCCACUCUCCGUGAACAAGCGGGUCUGGCGGGCCAACAUGCGGCACAGCAGGCCCAUCGCCUCCGCGAGGAGCAUGCGGCGGGCGUUUCCGCCGAGCAGCGCUGUGCCGUUCUUUCCGAGGAGUGCCGGCGCAUUUCCGAACGCUAUGAUCAAGCGGUGCAAAGGCUCGCUUUGGAGGACCGGGAGAUCGCCCGAGCACGCUUCGAGGCUCAGAGCACAGGCCGCCGUUUGCGCCAGGCGGAGGCCGACAUGCAGGUGGUCCACGAGGAUCUGCGAGUGGAAGCGCAACGACAACUACUGGCCCAGCAAGAGCUGCACCGUUUGGAGCAACUUGUGGAGGCUGUGGCGCAGGAGUAUUGGAUGACGGAGCAAGAGGCAGAGCGGCAGGAGCAGGUUCUCGGUCAGAGGCACCAGGACAUCAGGGCGGAGGAUGUUGAGCUCGUGGCGUUGAAGGAUUCCGUACAAGAAGUCCAAGCCGAGAUGCUGCGUUUCACGCGGCAGCUGGCCCAUGUGGAUGAUGAGUGCGGGAAGCUCGAGUUCCAAUUGAACGAUGUGCGGCAGGCCAUUCUCGCAGCGGGCGAGGAGAUCGCGGCCCGAAGGUCCGACGUGAAGGCCCAAAGAGAAGCAGCCGGCUCCCUGCGCAGUGAACUGAAUGCGCUGGAAGCUGGCCGGAUGUCCAAGGAGCAGGAAGUGGAGGCUUGCCGGCGCAGGAUCCAAGAGGUGGAGGCUGCGAUUUCUGAGUGCAAAGACCACUCAGUCAAGGCUUUUCGUGAGAAGGAGGGCUGGGUCCGCAAAGUGGAGGAGCUGAAGGCUGAAGAGGCCCAGCUGUCCGUUGUGGCCAGCGGCCUCCGCCGCACGGUGCACGCUGGAACAGUGGCCAUAGAGGCGUUGAUGGAAAUGGGAGUUUUACGACAAUAG